CAAAUUAAUAACGUCAAAGAGAAUCAAAGUAGAGAAAGCUUUCUUCAUUUGAUCGAUGGAUUUGAAGGGGGCGGCGCGUGUUGCGAUAUGAAUUUUGAAGAGGAAAGCAGUGUUAUUAUUACUUAGUACUUCAAAUUUACAGCUUCGAAUUGAAAAUCCAAUCAUUCUCUCCCCACUUUGGUUUGCUUUUAAUUGAUAUUCUUCAUCGGAGCAAACAGAGUGGUAGGUGAAGAUUUCUCUUUCUUUGGAUCCUAAAGGUUAGAUCCCCUCUCUGUUCUUCGUCGCAUUUUGAAGAAGAAAUUCGAACAAGUUCGAGUAGAUGUCCCCGUCGAACACUUCAUCAACUGGAGUUAGUGGACAUGGAGGAACGAAUUACAUAGAGCAUCAAAUUUCCAGAAUGGAUACUCUCGCCGGAAUCGCCAUUAAGUAUGGAGUCGAGGUGGCUGACAUCAAGAGAUUGAAUGGCUUGGCAGCAGAUCUUCAAAUGUUUGCUUUGAAGAAACUGAGAAUUCCUCUACCAGGCAGACAUCCACCAUCACCUAGCCUGUCCGAUGCUUCUUCUGUCAUUACAGGAAAUGGAUCUGUAAAUGAAGAACCUCUACAUUUAGGCCAACCUACUAGUAUGCUAAACUCUUUGCAAACUUGGAGAUUGAAAUCACCUAGCCAGAAAGCCUCCCCUGCCAUGAGCACAUUGCAAAAAUACUAUGGUCUAAGUUCACAAACUCCCGAAAGCGCACCAGUAGACAUGGAGAUGUCAGUAUACAGAACUGAGAAUUCAAAUAGCAUUGGUGAUGGGUUGUUUUCAAGAACCUCUGUGCUUUCUACACCACCUCCAAACAUCUACCCGAAAACCAGGAAAUAUGCUGGUAGUUUCUGGACCGAGAAUGACUCAAUAACCGAACAUCUAUUACGUGCAGAACCUGGAGAUGGAGAGAAUGAGAAAUCUGAUGAGAAAUUGGUUCGAAGGCGUCAAAAGGCUGAAGUCGACAAUGGGGUUACCACCCCAGAGAGACCAUUGAAGGGCGAAAAUAGCAGUGGAAGCUAUUUUUCUUCUUCGAAUGGAAAGAGUUUAGCCAUGAGGCUAAAAUCAGUUAGCAGAACAAUGAUGUUAUCAGAUUCAGAUCCAGUGAGGAUAAAUUCCAUUCCAGUAGGAUUAGGAGAUGCUGUAAUUACUGAUGGCAUUUCUGAAGUUCAUAAAUCAUUAAGUACAUCAAACCUGAGAGACCAAGAUAGCAGUAAUUCGGCAUCUGUGUGGUCAACUACAAAGUGGAGUUUGAAGCCGGACUUGCAAGCUCUAUCAAGUGUUGCAAUCACAAAACCACUCUUUGAUGGUUUGCCAAAUCCAAUCACAGGCCGCAGGAACAAAGCUGCUCUUGAUUAACCAUGUUCAUAUCUCCGUUCAUAUUCGCAUUCAUCAAACUGCUUUGAUUCUUUGGUGUGGGCCGGAAAUUCUUUUGCAAGUAUUAUUACAGGAAUGUAUAGGUAGGGAGGCGAAAUAAGGGAAGAUCGGUGUUCGAAGAAGUUGAUAUUAGUAAAUACUACACCAAAAUAUAUAUUUUUUGUCAAAGAUUUGAGUCUAUAUCUGGUGUUAAGUGGCAUUGGCAAUGUCUACUUACUAUGGGGAGCUUAAUUUCAGGCUGAAGCUACAUCUUGAGAAACACCCUUAUAUGUACUUAAUGAUUAGUAGUUGUCGUUAAAUUUCCAUGAAAAUAGCUAGAUGCUGUGGAUGAGUGAUCUCGCUUUAAUAUUCAGCUUCCAUGCACAUCUAUCCAGUAGGUGUGCGUUUUCUCGUA